GUUGCAUUUUCAUUUUUCCAAACCUUAGAAAAUACAAAAUUCUCUUUUUCACUCUCUCACUCUUUUCUUCAGCUUCUUCUUCCUCCAAUGGCUUCAAUCGUCGUUUCAGACGAUAACCCUAAUCAACAACAACAAUCCCUAAUCCCAGUAUUAACUGUUUUCAAGAACAAUUCAAUCCUCAAGAACAUCAUCAUCCUCAACAAUAACAACAACAAUAACAAAUACAACGAUGAUCAAAUCCUCCUCGUUGGUCGACACCCAAAUUGUAACAUUGUCCUCUUUCACCCUAGCAUCAGCCGUUUCCAUCUUCAGAUUCGAUUCAAUCCUUCUUCCCGCUCUAUUUCUCUUCUCGAUUUAUCUUCUGUGCAUGGAACAUGGGUGUGUGGUAGAAAGCUUGAACAUGGUGUGAGCGUUGAUUUGAAGGAAGGUGAUACCUUUCAGCUUGGGAGUUCAAGUAGGGUUUAUCUUCUUCAAUUUGUAUCUCAAUUCGAUGAUGUGGAUGCAUUAAAGAACAUUGGUUCUUUAGGUUGUGAUGAUAAAAGGAAGGACCAGUCUAAUGAUGAAACAUUUGAAGAUGAAAAUGAUUCUUUUGGAACUGAGACAUCAUGUUGUAAUGGUGAAAAUAAACUCUGUGGAUGUCACUUCUGUUUGCUAUCACCACCUUACACACAAUCAGUUGACGAAACUGAUAACAUACAGAUGGGUGAAGCUUGUCCCGAAGUGGAGAUGCCGGGAGAGACUAACUUGUUUUGCACAUUGAGGGAAUGUUUUCAACAAAACAUAUGUAUUCCAGUUGCGGAAGCAGUCCAAGGCUCCAAAUUGCACCAACAAUCUUCUGCGGAAAAGCAGUUGAUUGAUCCUGAAUCAUCUUUUGGGGAAAAAGGCGACGGUGCUGUGGAUGAGGUGCCUAAAGAAUCUGAAUUUGAAGGCACAUUCGAAUAUAUUGUAACUACUGGAGGAAGAGUCUUUAAUUCUGAGGACAUGCCUUGUUCUGAAUCUCAUCAAACCAAUACUAAUGAGGAAGUAUCUGUGGAUUCACUCUCUGAUGGAGAAAAACAAGGUAGUUGCGGUGAAGAGUAUGAGUCAGAGUUGCAGAAUCUGAAUGCUAAUUCUUGUCACAAGCAACAGUAUUCACCGGAUGAAAUAGUUGAAGAUAUUGGAAAGCAAUGCAUUGAAAAUAUGGAUCCUGCAUCUUCUGAAGAAAAUGGUGUAGCUGCAUUAAGUGUAACACCAAAAGAACACAAAUUAGAAUUCUUCUCUGAAGAAAAUGAUAUGAUUGACGAUGUUUUAUCUAGUGUGGCAAGAUUUUUCAAUUCUGAAAACACAUCUUCACUAGUUAAAGAAACAAUUCAUCAUGUAACCAAUUUUCAACAAAUCAAUACUGUUGAAGAAGUUGCUGCUGUUGAUUCGUUAUCGGAUGAAGAAAAGGAAAAUAAAUGUGACGUGGAGUUCAAGGCAUACCUCAAUAUCAAACCUUGUGAUGAAGAAGGUAACUCACUGGUUGAAACAGUUGAAGAAACUGUGAAAUCCUUUCAGACAGAGUCAGUUAAUCCUUUAUCCGUAAACACAUAUUCACUAGUUGAAGAUUCAAUUCCUGUAACCAAUUUUCAACUAAUCAAUAUUGUUGACGAAGUUGCUACUGUUGAUUCGUUAUCGGAUGAAGAAAAGGAAAAUGAAUGUGAUGAGGAGUUCAAGGCAUACCUCUAUGUCAAACCUUGUGAUGAAGGUAGCUCACUGGAUGAAACAGUUGAAGAAACUGUGAAAUCCUUCCAGACAGAGUCACUUAAUCCUUCAUCCGGAAACACAUCUUCACUAGUUGAAGAAGCGAUUCCUGUAACCAAUUUUCAACUAAUCAAUAUUGUUGAAGAAGUUGCUACUGUCGAUUCGUUAUCAAAUGAAGAAAAGGAAAAUGAAUGUGAUGAGGAGUUCAAGGCAUACCUCUAUGUCAAACCUUGUGAUGAAGAAGGUAACUCACUAGAUGAAACAGUUGAAGAAACUGUGAAAUCCUUUCAGACAGAGUCACUUAAUCCUUCAGUGACUCAGGAAACUGAUUUAGAGAUUACAGAGAAGAAAGAGAAUCAAACCCUGCAAUCUCUCGUUGCUGUGGCUGGAUGCUUUGAUGUGAAAUUCCAUGAAAACUGUGUAGAAGAAUCAGUAGAGGGAAGCUUAACCCUUGGUAGUGAUAUUUUGUCAAGAAGAGAUAAGGCUGCGAGUGCACCUCAGGAUCGAACUCGGAAGAGCAGAUUAUUGAACACACCUGAUGUUGACACUAAAUUUGUAAUGAGUAAUUUGAAGGAUAUCAAUAUCAUAAAUAAACCAAUGCCACAGAAUAUUUUCUCUGACUUGGAUGAAGAAGAAAUGUUCACUCCAAAUAAGGAAAACUCAAGCCCCACAAAUACCUUUCACUCGCAGUUUAUGAGAAAGAAAGGUGUGCUAGAAGAAAGUAAAAGUUCCAAGUCACAAAGGGCACAUAAUUUGAAGGCUAGUUUUAGUUCCAUCAUCUAUUCAGCUGAAAGAUGUACAAGUGCAAUUUCAAACAAAGAGAACCAGACUCCGAAGUCACAAAGGGCGCAUAAUUUGAAGGCUAGUUUUAGUCCCAUCAUCUAUUCAGCUGAAAGAAGUACAAGUGCAAUUUCAAACAAAGAGAACCUGACUCCAAGAGAAGCACGUGAAUGGAAGUCACAAAGAUCACAUAACUUGAGGGCUAGUUUUAGUCCCAUCAUCUAUUCAGCUGAAAGAAGUGCAAGUGCAAUUUCAAACAAAGAGAACCUGACUCCAAAAGAAGCACUAGAAUGGAUGUCAGGUAGAAAUCCUCUUGAGUGUCGCAAUACUAUGGAAUUAAGAAAGAAGAGAGUGGAACGGAUGCCCUUACAAUCACUAAUCAGUUCUGGAGGCAAUCACAAUUCGAAUUCUAGUCCUUUUUCUUCUAGUCCUUUUUCAGCUGCAAAAUCCAUUCUUGGUGUCACUGUCAGAUCCAGCAAUUGUGGACAUAUUUCAGACAAGCAUGCCCAGCCAUCUCGUAUUAGUGCAGAACGAAAGAGGAGCUGGGACUUGGUUGUAGACACUUCUUCUCUUCUGAAUAAGGAGUCAAGAAAGGCUUUGCAGCUUCUACAAGGUCUCAAGAGGACUCGUUUAAUCAUUCCACAAUCAGUCAUAAGAGAAUUGGGAAGCAUGAAGCAACAAAUUGGAAUUUUUAGAAGGAUUUCAGAGGCUGCUUUGGCCUUGGAAUGGAUUGAAGAAUGCAUAGGGAAGACAAAGUGGUGGAUUCAUAUCCAAAGCUCAAUGGAGGAUGAAUUCAGGCUAAUUGCUCCAACACCUCCUACUCAGUUUAAUGAAGAUGUCCUUGAUUGUGCCCUUCAAUAUAGAAGAAAAGAUAAUGUUGGACAAAUUGUCCUUCUUAGUGAUGACGUCAACUUGAAAAUCAAAUCCAUGGCAAAGGGGUUGCUAUCUGAGACAGUGCAGCAAUUUCGUCAGAGUUUAGUGAACCCUUUCUCUGAGAGGUUUAUGUGGGCCAACAGCUCUCCUCGAGGACUGACUUGGUCUUGCCGAGAUGAUGUGGUUUUAAGGGAGAAAUAUUGCUGUUUGCCAUCAAAGGCUGGUUUGAAGCUGCUUGCUACUUAAAAAAUUAUGUACUAGCAUGUUUAAUCUCUUAAACCAAUUAGUCUUAGUUUUCAUUUUUUUCGAGCUACUACUCUUGAACUCCUUUCAAGUUUUAACCUCCCUGCAUCCAAUGUUUUUUAUUUUCAUUUUAUGUUCAAUGAAAAUGAUGCCUUACAUUAGCACAUUCAAUAAGAUGAAUGGCAGAUGCCUAUUUUUGUAUUAGAAAAUGGUGCUUUAAAUGGUUA